AUGUAUAGCCAUUUAUACCCAUGUAAUGCCAUGUAUUGCCAUGUAUACCCAUGUAUAGCCAUGUAUACGUAUGUAUAGCUAUGUAUACCCAUGUAAUGCCAUGUAUUGCCAUGUAUACCCAUGUAUAGCCAUGUAUAGCCAUGUAUAGCCAUGUAUUGCCAUGUAUACCCAUGUAUAGCCUUUUAUACCCAUGUAUAGCCAUGUAUUGCCAUGUAUUACCAUGUAUUGCCAUGUAUUACCAUGUAUUGCCAUAUAUUACCAUGUAUAGCCAUGUAAUGCCAUGUAUUGCCAUGUAUACCCAUGUAUAGCCAUGUAUUACCAGCUAUAGCCAUGUAUUGCCAUGUAUACCCAUGUAUAGCCAUGUAUACCGAUGUAUAGCCAUGUAUUGCCGUGUAUUACCAUGUAUAGCCAUGUAUACCCAUGUAUACCCAUGUAUAGCCAUAUAUUGCCAUGUAUAGCCAUGUAUAGCCAUUUAUACCUAUGUAAUGCCAUGUAUUGCCAUGUAUUACCAUGUAUAGCCAUGUAUUGCCAUGUAUUAUCAUGUAUUACCAUGUAUUACCAUGUAUCGCCAUGUAUUACCAUGUAUAGCCAUGUAUAGCCAUGUAUACCCAUGUAAUACCAUGUAUUGCCAUGUAUUACCAUGUAUAGCCAUGUUUACCCAUGUAAUGCCAUGUAUUGCCAUGUAUUACCAUGUAUAGCCAUGCAUUACCAUGUAUACCCAUGUAUUGCCAUGUAUUACCAUGUAUAGCCAUGAAUACCCAUGUAAUGCGAUGUAUUGCCAUGUAUUACCAUGUAUAGCCAUGUAUAGCCAUUUAUUGCCAUGUCUUACCAUGUAUCGCCAUGUAUUACCAUGUGCUGCCAUGUAUCGCUAUGUAUUACCAUGUAUUACUUUGUAUUACCAUGUUUUGCCAUGUAUUACUAUGUAU